AAAAGCAUAGUGUCUGAUGUCUGUCUUAUGAUUAGUGUCUGUCUUGUGAUUAUUGCUACAAAAAGACUGCAGUUGUUAGCUGUUGAUAGCUAAAAAUGAUACAAAUGAACUUCAAUAAGGUCCAUUGCUUGUUCAGACUUUCAGCACCCUGAGCUCAAAACGUCUUCUGGCGCCUGUGGGAGCACAGCUGGAUCUGGGUUCAAGUAUGAGGUGCUGAUGUUGCUAAUCUGAAGAGAUGACCUCAAAUCCUCCUGGCCAGGGUUUUCAGAACAAAAACCGAGUGGCUAUUCUAGCUGAGCUGGAUAAGGAGAAAAGACGACUGAUCCAGAAUCAGACCAUGAACAGUCCGGGGGCCAGCAUUCCUCUCUCAAGACCUGCUGUGAAUAAGGAUUUCCGAGAUCACGCAGAGCAGCAACACAUCGCAGCUCAACAAAAAGCUGCUUUACAGCACGCACACGCACAUUCCUCCGGCUUCUUCAUCACUCAAGAUUCUUCGUUCGGAAACCUCAUACUUCCGGUGUUGCCACGUCAAGAACCAGAAUAACGGAGACCAAGAUAAGAAAACUAAAUGUUUCAGGAGAUUGUGUCCUGUUGCCAUCUGUUUGUGUUGUGUAGAAACUGACGUAUUAGUGAAGGUGUUUUCUGCCAAGCAGAGAGGAUAGUUCAGUGUGUAUUCAGGUCACUUGCAGUCUCAGGUUGUCAUUUUGAUGGCAGUUUUCUCUUAAGAUUUAAAAAAAAGGGUUGAUUGAUUCCCAAACAUACUUGUAUUGUGUAUCAAGGUUCAUUUAGUGGUUCAGUACAUCUACCACGUUACAGAUGGUGUCAAAUCAUGAGGCAAAUAAAUGCCCAGAAUCCCCCCCCCCCCCCGCCAGGUGCCUGUCUGUAGCUGUGAGACCCUAAACGGCCUUGCUCCUCACAUAACCUGAGUGCCUAAAACAUCUCUGCUCUGGCCUGGAGAUACUGGGUUCAGAGAUUUUAUUUUCAUGCUUUGAUGUGGAUGUCAAUAAAACGAUCAAGAAAAUGUCA